UACGAACCUGACAAAAGCUCUGGAACAAAUGCAGUGGAUCGUCAUGUCCUCUUCUGCACCUUGAUGGAAAAGUAGAUCAGCUAUCGGACCUGUGAGACCUCGAACAUGAUUGAUCAUUACGGCCAACUGGACACUGGUGUGUGUGUUGGAGCGAGGAGACUGGAGCGCCGGCCGUCUGCUGGCAGAGGGACGGGCUCAAGGAACAUCAUCAUCAUUAUCAUCAUUACCACCAUCAUCACCAUCAGCAGCAUGUCUGGAAAGAACGAGUCGUGUUGGUCUGGAGAUGAAUCCGUUGGUGCCCUAACGUGUCUCCUCGUGUCCUUGGAGGACUGGCUGGCUUGGGGGAAUCUUCAGGACUAUCUCAGCCUUCUGGAGUACCUUCUGUGGGUGUUCACGCCCCUGGUGAUUGUCUUCAUCCUGCCCUUUGUCAUCGUCCUCCUGCUUUACCUGUCCAUCCUCUUCCUGCAUGUGUACAAGCGUAAGAUCCAGCUGAGAGAGGCCUACUCGAAUAACCUGUGGGAUGGCGCCAGGAAGACGUUGGCUAUGCUGUGGGACGGCCAUGGAGCCAUAUGGCAUGGUUAUGAAAUCCAUGGUUUAGAGAAGAUUCCAGAACAAGGCCCGGCACUCAUCGUCUACUAUCACGGAGCGAUUCCUAUCGACUACUACUACUUCCUGGCGAGAGUGAUCAUUCAGCAAGGCCGCACGUGUCACUCGGUGGCUGAUCACUUCCUGUUUAAGGUCCCAGGGUUCAAGCUGCUGCUGGAGGUGUUCAGUGUGAUCCACGGGCCACAGGAGGAGUGUGUGAAGGCUCUACGCAGCGGUCACCUGCUGGGAAUCUCUCCAGGAGGCGUACGGGAAGCUCUGUUCAGCGAUGAGACGUAUCCACUGCUGUGGGGCAAACGCAAGGGUUUCGCACAAGUGGCCAUCGAUUCCAAAGUGCCAAUCAUUCCCAUGUUUACUCGGAACGUCCGGGAGGGAUUCCGCUCGCUGGGAAAUUUGAGGUUUUACAGAUGGGUGUAUGAGAGGUUUCGGCUGCCCAUCGCACCUAUUUACGGAGGAUUCCCGGUCAAAUUCCGCACUUACCUCGGCGACCCUAUUCCCUACGAUCCCAAACUCACAGCGGGCGAGCUGGCGGAAAAGGUGCAGGCAGCAGUUCAAGCGCUUAUCGACCAACACCAAAAGAUCCCUGGCAACAUCCUGCGAGCGCUCCUGGAGCGAUUCCACAUGCACCCCAAAGACGAAUAACGCUCCCUUAUUUCAGGUGCUGCUCGGGUCGAUCGCACAACACGCCUGAAGAAGAACAGCACGGCUUUUCUCUCAGGCUACAAAACGAAGCCCCUCCACCUUUAUUCCCCGUGUCGUGGUGCAGAGACUCGGAAGUGAAUUAAUAUCAUCCACACGCGUGGUGUUUGGACGUUACUGACGUACGUGGCGAGAAAGAGAAUAUCUAAUAGUGUCAAGUGGAAGGCAGUGCAUCAUGUGUUUCUCUGUGUGUGUGUGUGUGUGUGUGUUUGUUUGUUUGUUUGUUUGUUUGUUUUUAAAUCCGUGACUUAUUUGCACAUUGUUUUUGAAGGACCACUGCCAAAAACAUACGAGGCCUUUCUGUAACUUGAUGUCAGAAAUGUGAAAUGAACUGGUGCGAUUUUAACAUUUAUAUAUUUCCUACAAAAAAAACGAAAAAAAUUAUGAAGUAAUGGGAAAAAAACUUUUUUUUUAAAUGAGCAAACUGUGAUUGAAUGGGAAAUCUUUGACUGAAAAGGACCUGGUUCAGGGUCGUUUCUUCGGCUCACGAUGGUUUGGAAGGUUCUAGAUUUGGUUUGUGGGUUUGUGGGAAAUGACCCAGGUGUGCUAACGUGUUCAGGAUUAAUUAUGAUGCUACUUCUAAUAAUAAUUAAUGGACAGCAUGAACUUGCUCAUGAAUGACGGAAAUCACAACAUUCCUGGAAUAUGAAUACUUGACCAGCACAGUAACUAUUAAGCCUCAUGAGUCGUGAUUUUAUAACUGUAAUCUUUUGCAACAAACAAUUUAAAGGUGUUUAAAACGUC